UUUAUUGUGAAAUGAUCCACCGGAAGUGGUGAGUGUGUGUUGUCUACCUUGACUCGGGAGAAGUCGCUGGUCGGUCCGGGAACAGCCGAACAGGAUGAAACUUUGACCCGAAACUACAGGAUAAAAAUCUCCCGCUGCGGACGUCAUCAUGGCUCUGAAGGCUCAGGUUCUUUAUGACUUCACAGCUGAACCAGGAAACAACGAGCUGUCAGUCAGAGAGGGAGAGACGGUGACUGUGAUUGACCAGACUGUGGGUGGCGGUUGGAUCCAGGCCCAGAACUCCAGUGGACAAACUGGACUCGUACCUGAGGGAUAUUUACAGGUGGGAAUCGUUGGCGGUGGUGAAGGGGGCGGGGCUUAUGUCAGUAACACUACAGAGGGGUGGGACAGUCGAGGAUAUACUCAAACACAACAAGCAGUUGAGGACGAUGACGGCGAAUGGGACGACGACUGGGAUGACCAAUCAGUGGGCAGUUACCGUGGUAAUGAGCAGAUGGACUUGGAGGGCGGAGCUUCAGGAUGGAGCAGCCACGGGCCCUCCGUGAAGAUCUCACUGAACAAGUUUCCAUUCUCCAAAGGUCCGAGUCCAGAGGUCUUCUUGUUGGCCAAACCUCCAGCUAACAACAGAGACCGACUUACUGUCUAUAUGGGAGAGGUGGGUCCAGUCUGGUUGUACCCUCCGUCCCCUCUGGACUGUGUGAUCGCCGAUCCGAAGAAAGAAUCCAAACUGUACGGACUGAAGAGCUUCAUCGAGUACCAGAUCAUCCCCAACACGACUAACAGACCUGUCAAUCAUCGCUACAAGCAUUUUGAUUGGCUGUAUGAGCGUCUUCUGGAAAAGUUCGGCUCAGUGCUGCCCAUCCCCUCGCUGCCUGACAAACAGGUCACAGGCAGGUUUGACGAGGACUUCAUCAGGAUGAGGAUGGAGCGUCUGCAGGCCUGGAUGAGUCGGAUGUGUCGUCACCCCGUCGUCUCUCAGAGCGACGUCUUUCAGCUCUUCCUCACCUACAGAGACGAGAGAGAGUGGAAGGCGGGGAAGAGGAAGGCGGAGAAAGACGAGACGGUGGGACCAAUGAUCUUCAGUCUGAUUGAACCUGAAGCUGCAGAACUCAACGUCACUGAGGUUGAGCAGAGGUGUGAGCACUACAAUCGAUUCACAAAGUCGAUGGAGGACGUGGUCAGAGAGCUGCUGAACGUCGGACACACCCACUGGAAACGCUGCACUGGACCGCUGCCUAAAGAGUACGAGCGGAUCGGUCGAGCGUUCAGAAACCUGUCGACUGUUUUCAACAGCAGCAAAUAUCCAGGAGAAGAGACAUUAACUGACGCUCUGACGGCUGCUGGAAAAACCUACGAGGAGAUCGCUCAAAUCGUCGCACAGCAGCCUCAGAAGGACCUUCACUUCCUGUUGGAGACAAACAGUGAAUACAAAGGUCUGCUGGGAUGUUUCCCAGAAAUCAUCACUGUACACAAGGCUGCAGUAGAGAAGGUGAAAGAAUCCGAUCGUUUAGUUUCUGCAGGAAAAAUCACAAACAACGACAAGAAGACGCUGAACCAUCGGAUCAGCUGCAUGAGCUACUGUCUGCAGGCUGAGAUGAAUCAUUUCCAUAGCAACCGUAUCUAUGACUACAACAGAGUGAUGCAGCUUUACCUGGAGCAGCAGGUGACCUUCUACCAGCAGAUUGUUGAUAAGCUGAGAGCAGCUCUGAACCAGUUCACCACGCUGUGAGGAUGAUGACAUCACUGGUGACAUCACAGCCCAGACAACGUCGUCAUGGUUACAGACGGUUUAACAAAAUAAAACAUUUUUAAAACUCAGUGAUUCAAACUUUGUUAUUUAAAUCCACCUGUCUGUGGGUUUACUGGUCUGCACUGGACUCUACUGGUCUGUACUAGUCUGUACUAGUCUGUACUGGACUGUGGUCAUGUGUUUGUGAGUUAAACUCUUCUUCUCUGCUGCUCAAUAAACUUUUUAUUUUUCUUGUUCUUCUAAUAAAAAUAUUAAAAUUUGUUUCAGAACAAACUGAAAUUAAAACACGUUGAUAAUGAAA